AUGCCAGUGAUACCAACUCGCACACCGAGACGUUUCCAGAUACUGGACAUUACGUCGGAAGUUAUUCGUGAUUAUCAUCAUGUUGUACCGGAGGAAGGCCCGAUCCUCGACGAUCCCAUUUCCCCUAGUCCAGGCCAUAGAUUGCUUGAGUAUGAUGCUGGAAGAGAAGAGGGAAGGCAAGCUAGCCGGAUAGCAAGGCACGAGAAUAGAGCCGAGCCGGAUGGUGAAGCGGAAAGAGAACAUGACCAGUGGAAGAGCCCUGGAAAAAUGCGAAGUCCAUCCGAUGUGCGAAGAGAGUUGAUUCCAGGAUCUAAUCGACCUCUUCCUCCCAAAAGUGAUAUCGAUAAUUUGUCACCUCCAAGCAUCGCAUAUUCUCAAGGACCGAUUGCCUGUGCACCUGCAGAGCAGGCAGGAGGCAUUGUCGAUGCACCCGACGGCUAUACAACGAAUAAUAUGUGGUUAAAACAAGUCCUUCAGCGCGACCAGCUAUCAAUGGACGAUGAAUCUGACUACAGCGCAGUAUAUUCGCCACUAUCACAAUCAAUACGAAGUGGUUACUGUGAUCCAUCGAUACCCUUGUCUGAUUUCCACGUUCAGGACGGCAUCUUCGUCCCUGGAUCCGAGUAUCUCGAGCUCCACUCCACAUUGAGAAAUCACCUCAUCCUAGAGGCGAGAUCGAGUGUGCCAACUAGACACUGUACGCCCGAGCACUUGGGGGAGGACUUUGGUUUUCAGGUCGAUAGUACAAGUGCACGUAUUAAGAUACCGGAAGAGGAAGAGUUUCUAUUAUGGAAGAAUUGGCUAGGGGAACUCGCGCCAUGGCUAGAUAAAUUCGACAACCAAUGCCAUUUCCAGAACAAUUUACUGGCUAUGGCUCGCUCGCACGAGCACCUCAGAUAUGCCAUGCUAGCCCUAUCGGCACGUCAGCUAGAGCGGAAAGGUGCCACAGCACACAACGAACGCAGUCUGGAAUUCUAUCACCAUGCCAUUCAUAUCCUUCUACCAUUAUUACCGACAAGAAGUACGGCAGUUAUUGCCUCAUGUGUAGUUCUCUGCGUUCUGGAGAUGCUCAGCUGUGCGCCAAAAGCCUGGCAGCGACAUUUGGACGGAUGUGCAGGGUUGAUGGAAGCCGUCGGAAUGAACGGGUUUUCCGGUGGCCCAGAGCAAGCACUAUUCUGGUGUUUUGCGCGAAUGGAUGUAUGUGGAGGGCUGAUAUCUUGCACCAAAACCCUUAUCCCCGUUGAUCAUUGGGCGACUGGUGAUCUCGACGCGGACGUGCGUCUCUUUCGAUCGGCACCUACCUUUGACACCUUCGCAAAUUAUAUGGUUUAUCUCUGUGCACAAGUUCUAGAUGUACUUGCUCCAUGUCAUCACAAAUUUGGAAGACUCGGCGGUCCUCGAAACAACAGCCUCACGGACCGAGCAUUUACAGAACGGUGGUCUAAACUAUGGCUCUACAUACAAGACUGGUAUCUCAAACGCCCCGAAGAAAUGAAACCAGUGAUGGAAUACUCCUCAUCUAGUAGCUCGUUUCCAAAGAUACUAUUCGCUAACCCUGCUGCGAUAUCUGGAAAUCAGCUCUACCACACCGCUUCAUUGCUCAUGUUACAGGCUCGCCCGCCGGGAAUGCGCUUGGAACCAAAACCACGGUCUGCACUGUGGCACGCGCGUCUGGUGUGUGGUAUUUCAAUCAAUAAUCAUCAUCAUGGAGCGUGGACGAAUGCUAUGCAACCGCUUUGGAUUGCGGGACAGUGGAUGAGUCAUCCGAGUCAGCAUCAAGAGAUUCUGGAAUUGUUGGAGCGUAUUGAGAAGGAGAGUGGAUGGCCUACUCAGUGGAGGGCAGAUGAUUUGAAAGAGUUCUGGGGAUUGAUCUAG